AUGUCAUCUUCUUCGUUGCUUUCUUCCAAAGUCCUUCCUACGUUUCAACCAAACACUGCCUCUCCAUCCAUCGUCAUCUUGAACUCUCCUGAGAAGAACAUGUCCUCGGCCAUCGCAUUGGUCCAUAUGAACACUCAUGUCGAUCUGUAUAAAGAUUCGUCAUUGAGUGAAUCAUUACAAGAAUUUCCAAACCACAUGCAUUAUGAUUUCUUGCGGCCUUCCCAAGAUCCUGAAGGUCCUACCGCUUCCAUUCCUUCCAAUACUAUCAACAGUGUGUCACCAUGCAUGCAAACUCCGCCAACCAUGAUCAUGGACCAACAAAUGGACCAACGCAAUCCAACAACACGUGCGCUCAACGUGAUAACAAUGACAGAGGAGGAGACAAUAAGAAGUGGCAGUAGUAACAAUGCUUCUAGCUUGCUGAAACGAACAAAAAAACGAAAUGCAUCAUCUUCCACCUCUUCGAGCAGUACAAGGCAAAAGAGAAACAAGUGUCCAGAAAAUUCUUCAUCCAGUGCUACUACGACUACUUCUUCUUCGACUACUACUACAACUGAUAGUGGACGUGACACUUCAGAUUAUGGUCAAAGCUCCAAUUCAUCUUCCUCAUCCACCUCAAUCAGUCAUCAUCAUAUCACAGCAUCAUCUCGAAUGAAAUGCAGUGAUGUCAAGAAUACCUUCACCACAUCCUAUCAUACCCAAGUCAUUCGAUGCAAUCGAACAAGUAACAAUCAGAAUAGUUACAUUCGAUACGAUGACAUUAAACCCUACUUUUACUUUCCUGAAAGUGAGGCAGCUAAGCGACUGGGUUGCUCCAAAAGCAAACUCAAGAGGAUUAAAACGAGAUUGAAUAUUGAGAGAUGGCCCUAUCGAAGAAUUCAGUCCUUACUGAAUCAAAAGUCAUCCAACAAGAAGGAGAAUUUAUCGCAUCAAUCAAAAGCCAAGCAUGACCAUUCUACAACCACUGACAAUACGAGAAAUGUAUUGAAUCAUUCUUCUUCCAAUGCCAUUGAUUUGGCUGUACAAUUUGUUCUCGAUUAUCCCAACCUUAUUACCAAAUAUACGAACGAGGAUAUCACACUCAUUGCCACACGAAUGGAUCGAAUUAAAAUUUCAAAUUUAUUGUUGUAA